UUUUCCCCUGCUGCUCAGAAGUGUGUGUGAAGUCAGCCGUCUGUCUGGCACAGAUGUGUGUUGAUGUGCUUCCAGCUGUUUGUGGGGAUUCAUGAUGUCUGGACUUACGGUCUGGUCUGGACUGGACUAGAGGAUCCUCCCUACAGCCUGUGAGAUCAUCUCACUUUUAAUUAGACCGGAUUUGCCAAUUAACGGGAAGUCAGCCGGUCCCUCUCAGCCUUUUAAAAGCAGCCGAGUCCAAACGUCCGGCAGAAUUCUGACAGAGGCUCAAACAAGAUGAGCAGAAGGAUGUCUUCCACUGUACUUUGUGCUGUUAUUUUGCUGGCGUGUGUCUUGACAUUAAGUGCUGCUCAGGCAAGCUGUAAAGGUCGAUGCGGUGCUGAGUACUACAGGGGUAACACAUGCCAGUGUGAUUACAACUGCCUGUCUUAUGGAGAGUGCUGCAGAGACUUUGAAUCCCAAUGCACCACAAAAAACUCCUGUAAAGGACGGUGUGGAGAAAGCUUCAAAAGAGGCCGACUGUGUAGCUGCGACUCUGACUGUGUUAAGUACAAUCAGUGUUGUCCAGAUCACAAGAUCCACUGUGAUGCAGAAGAGCCAACUGUGAAUGGAGCAACUGAACCUUCUACAUUCAGCGAGGGAAACAGUGCAGAUGACCCUUCGAUUCCACUGGUCAGUCCAACAUCAUAUCCCAAAGAUGAUCUCAUUGAUGAUGUGUACAGCCAGACUUUUCCCAGUGAAUUGGACCAAUUGGACCCAGAGACAAGUCCGAUCCCAGAGAGCACCAGUGGCUAUGGAUUGUCUACAGUUGACCUGUUGGAUCAGAUUUCUAUUGAACCCACCCAGGAUCCAGACACUCUGGAGCUAAGUACAGAGACGUUUACAGUCUUCUCUGAGACACAGACGACCCUCUCAGAUAAUGAACCAACACAGGCCGAUAACAGCCCCUCCACCCUCGACCCUAUCACUGAAGGAGCCCCCACGGAGAGCACAGGUGCCAGUGAUGCUACCAGCUCAUCCGAUGCAGGAACAGCUCUCCCUGAGUCCACAACAGCAGCUGACCAUGACUCCAGCCAGCCUAAUCCAACCUCAGUACCCCAGACUGAGUAUUCUCCUACAGCUAACACCCCCGAGCUGGAGACAGUGGGACAGGCAGAGGCAAAGCCUGAGGAAGAGAUUUUGCCUGAGGAUCCGACUGUAGCCUCCUUAAAUGACCCAGAAGUCUCAACCCUGCACUCCAGCACAGCCUCCGCAACCCCUGUGGCUCCAGUAUCCACAGGACCCACACAAGGCUCCUCAACAAUGCUGGAAACGACACCCACGUCAGAGGCAACCACUCCAGUCCUGGCAGCCUCUGAAGAUCCUUCCACCAGCGUUUCUCCAGCAGGGCCCAGGGACAUGCCAGAGCUUGAUGCCCUGACGACCAGUGCUCCCUCAUCCACAGAUGCAGUGCAGGAUAACACAGCAGCUGAUGUUACACAAGAAGUCACCACUGCUGAACCGCUAAAUGUCACUCCAGACUCAACUAAAUCUACAACAUCUGAGGCCACCUCAAAACCCCAGAAGAAACCUGACUCACACAAGCCAAUGCCGGCUAAGCCAACUCCAGCUAAACCCAGCUCCUCCAAACCUGAAACUAAACCUCUGGACGCCACACAGUCUCUCAGUACAGACGAUCCUAGAGAUUACCAAGCAGACGACAGCAACGAUACCAAUCUGUGUAGUGGGCGGCCGGUCAGUGGAGUCACUACGCUGAGGAACGGCACAAUGGUGGUUUUCAGAGGGCACUACUUCUGGAUUCUGGACAGAAACAUGGUGCCUGGUCCAGCUCGUGGCAUCACCCAGGUGUGGGGUGUCCCCUCUCCAAUCGACACUGUGUUUACCCGCUGCAACUGCCAAGGCAAAACAUACAUCUUCAGGGGAUCCCAGUACUGGAGAUUUGAAAAUGACGUGUUGGACCCUAACUAUCCAAAGGUCACUGAAACUGGGUUUGAUGGGCUUCGGGGCCACAUUACAGCUGCUCUGUCUGUGCCUCAGUACCAGACAAGGAGGGAGUCAGUUUACUUCUUCAAGAGAGGGGGGGCUGUCCAGAAAUAUUCAUACCAGUUUGGCACCAGUCCAUCAUGUAGCAGUGGCAGGAGAGUCCAGUACGCCAUUUACACAGUCCGCAAACGAAUGGUUCGACAAGCAGUGUCUCUUCUAGGGCCAACCAUCAACAUCAGGACAUCUUGGAGAGGUUUCCCUUCCACCAUUACAGCUGCUGUGUCCGUCCCCAACAAGAGGGAACCAGAGGGAUACAAAUACUAUGUCUUCUCAAGAUCCAAAUCCUACAAUGUGAGGAUGGAUGGUGAACGUCCCGUCAUUCCUGCUCCUACAGCCAACGCGUCACCUCAGAGCAACAACUUCUUCAAAUGCCCCAACAAAGUCUGAUGAAAGUUGUGUCUCAUAAACAACGUUUUUUUUCAUAGUUUUUAAGUUUAUUACAUUCGUCAUAAAAACACACCGCUUCAGCAUGGACUGAUUACAAAAAGGUACUUUACAAGUACAAUUAAAAAAAAGCCAAACUAAAAUAAAAACAACAGGCUUCAGAACAAGUGAACAUUAACAAGGCUGAAUGCAGAAUUUUAACUUGCUGAUUGGAAAAUGUGUAAUGUGUUUCUGGCGGGACUGACAAGAUCUCCGGUUGCUGUUGUCAGAGUUUCUGCUUAGUGCUUCAUCGGGCGAAUCUUCUCCCAUGCACACCCCGAGAAGGAAAUCCCUGACCUGUUGAGACAUUAAAUAUUUGUUCAAACAAAGCCUGGUAUACUGGUGUAAAAAUUAUGUACAGUGGCUGUAUAAAAUGUGUCUCACAUGUUUAAGACUGUAAUAACGUUUCCUCUGUUAUUCUCAUCGACAUUAAACUGGAUUACAAUACACCCACAUGUAUUUAUUGCCAUGACUGGUUAUUAAAUGAAAUGAAUGCUU